AUGUCCAUAGCGAAGCAAAAGCUCAAAACCCCAAGUUCUGUAUCCUUGCCCCGCGGCCUUACCAACUGCAGAGACUCAGCGCGCAAUAAUUAUUCGAUUUACGAAGAAGGUUAA